AUGGCAUCCUCUCAGAUGCCCAAAUCUAUACUGAAAAAGAAGACCGCCUACCCCGCCACGGCAAGCUCCCAGGCCAAAGCUGAUCGGGAUCGCGAGACGGCCGUGUACCACGCGAAUAUCCUCAAAACGCGCAAGGAAACUGAAUUGGAUGUUUUAUUGUCAACCGAAACUCUACUUGACUACCCUACCUCUUCCCAGCCAGCCGACAAUCCUUCUGUAGAGGAUGCGACAACACUCAAAGCGCUUCUUAAACCCUUCCAGCCUUCCGACUACGAUGCCCUCAUUAUAGAGCGCAAUAUUGAAAAUCGCUGCGGUUUUGCACUAUGCCCAAAGCCUAAUCGCAAAGAUACUUCGGGUCAAAAAUUCAGAUUCAUUGGUCAAAGUGGGAGAGCUGAGAAUUUCAAAAUCGUUCACACCGCCGAGCUCGAGAAAUGGUGUUCGGAGGCAUGCGCCAGGAGAGCGCUUUACAUACGAGUCCAGCUGAGUGAGAGUCCAGCUUGGGAGAGAGAAGCCGUGGAAUCUCGCGUUAAGAUUGAUCUUCUCGACGAACCCAAAUCUGUGGAGAUGACAGUCGCAGAGGACCUUCAGAGACUUAAUUUGAAUGAUAAUGCAUUUCAACAUAAUCAACAAGGUCGCGCUGAUUUAGCUAUGGAGAGAGGCGACCAGGGAUUUACUGCGAGGAAUGGGCUUGUCGAUGUUAAGAUAUUGGAAAGAAACGUUCAGCGGCAACCAGAAGCACCGUCUUCAAACGAGGGAGAAUUGAGUGGUCAAUUUAGUAAUAUGCAUUUAGCUUUAGAAGGUCAUACACCAAGCUUCGACACCCGUAACAAGAUAGGUCAUGAUGGAGACGAUGAGAUGAUGGACUGGAAAAUGUAA